AUGGUUGAAGAAAUUUACGGGAGAAAAUGUUACUGCUGUGAUGAAGAUCUUGAAACAGUAUUUUAUUAUUGCUUAACUUGCGAUUAUGCUAUGAAUGUAGCUUGUGUGGAGAAACCACCACUCCUAGCUAUAGACCACCCGAAGUGGCAUGAGCAUCCACUUGCUUUGUUUCCAAGAUGGACCUCCUUAAAUUGCAACCUAUGUGCUUUGGUCCACUUGAGCUGUCCUAUCUAUAUGUGCCCUCCUUGUGAUUUUGUGCUCCAUCAAACAUGCAUCAGCUUACCACGUGUCAUAAGGAUAUCUCGCCAUUCCCAUCGUAUCUCCUUCACCCCAUCUUUUGACCAAGGAGAUUGGUCUUGUCGUGUUUGUCAAAGAAGCAUUGAUAAUGAAUAUGGGGGUUAUUCUUGCAUCAAGAACGGUUGCUCGUAUGCAGCUCAUUCCAAAUGUGCCACGCAGAGCAAUGUGUGGGAUGGCGUAGAACUUGAGGACGUGCCAGAAGAGAUAGAAGAAGAAGUAGUUGAGCCGUUUCUAAGGAUAAGUGAUGGAGUCAUUCAACAUUUUCUUCAUGCAAAUCAUCAUUUGAGACUUGAUGAUAACACAUGUGGAGAUUACGACGAUAAUAAGCAAUGUCAAGCCUGCAUCACGCCAAUCUAUUUCGGUAGCUUCUACUCUUGUAUGAAAUGUGAUUUCAUUCUCCACGAAGAAUGCGCAAAUCUCUCUCGCAAAAUACAUCACCCGAUACAUCCACAUGUGCUCACACUGAUGAGCGGUCAUGAGAGCGCAAUGGUGAAAAAGAUUUCAUGUUCUGCUUGUCCUUGGUUCUGCACAUCUGGUUUCUUCUAUAAUUGUUUUGACAAAGGAUGUAAAUUCCAGCUCCACGUGCAGUGCACCACAAUUUCUGAGCCAUUAGUCCAUGAAAGUCAUGAACAUCCUUUAUUCCUGACCUCCAAACCAGACGAAUGUGCUACUUUACCUCAAAGGGCGAUGUAUAAGCAUGAUAAACAUAUGCUAACUCUUUCUUAUGGGAAGGAGACAAGUACCGCAACGCAUUGGUGUGAAGUUUGCGAAGGAAAGGAUUUAGUUGUCAAUGCCGCUCACAAGUCACACACACUUGAAUUCGGAUGA